AUAUAAAUAUAAAUUUUAAAAGAAGUGUGUCAAAAAAUUACUGAAAUUAUUUUUGAAUCUUAUAUAAAACUACAAUAAAACGAGCAAAUAUUAUUUACAUUGUGCAAUGACUGACAGUUUUCUUUGAUGCGAUUAUGCCUUAAAAAUGUAUUACAAUUUUCUAUCAUUCGGUUGCCUAGGUAGCCAUGGGCGACGAUAUAUGUUUAGCGUAAACAAACUGGUUCUGUGAUAAGUUGAAUUAUUCUGAAAAUCAAUCGUAUAUGACAGUUCUCAUCAAUACAUAUUGCCAGUAUGACAUCUUUAGAUUUAAGACAACAAAAACUCGAACAGCAGAGGCAAUUAAUUGCACAAAAAAUGAAACAAAAAAGACAGAGUGGUGCUGGAGGAAUGGUACAGGCAUCUAAUAUAUCAAGUACACAGUUUACGAGUCACUCUACAAAAUGGAUGAAUCCAAAUAAAGAACUUCGAGGAUACGAUGGGCCACUACAGUUUAGUAUAUCACAGACAAACCCUGAUUUAAGUACAUUUUCAGAGAAUAAGGAUAUAGAAACAAGAAUUAAUGAAGUAAGUACAGAAGGAGGUUUUUAUCAAACUAUGGAAGCCGCUGAUUGUGCAGAUGAAGAAUCAUCACCCAUAGAUAUACAUUCACCUUCAGAAUCUUUACCAUGUCCUUCACCACUUAGGGUAGCACCAUCGGAUGGGGCUAGCAUGCUCAUUAAUAGAGAAAAUAAUUCUUCAAGCCCAGAACUGGAAGGAAACGUAGAAGGCAAUAUUGAGCAUUUUGUAUUACAACCAGCAAAUAAAAAAAUGCAUUACAAAUGUAGGAUAACACGUGACAGGAAGGGUAUGGAUCGUGGUCUCUAUCCAACCUAUUUUUUACACUUAGAACGUGAUUAUGGCAAAAAAAUAUUUUUGUUAGCUGGGCGCAAAAGAAAAAAAAGUACGACGAGUAAUUAUUUAAUUUCCACUGAUCCUACAGAUCUCUCACGGGCGGGAGAGUCUUACAUCGGAAAAUUAAGGUCGAAUCUUUUGGGAACGCAGUUUACUGUUUACGAUAAUGGAUAUUCAUUAAUAAAAGACGAUAAACGUGACGAUCGUUUUAAUCCAAGACAAGAAUUAGCUGCAGUGAUAUACGACACUAAUGUUUUAGGAUUCAAAGGACCACGCAAAAUGACUGUUAUCAUUCCUGGAAUGACGUCAGAUCAAAAAAGAGUUGAAAUUUGUCCACGAGAUGAAUCAGAAACUUUACUUGAACGUUGGAAAACCAAAAAUAUGGAUAACUUAAUAGAAUUACAUAAUAAAACUCCUGUGUGGAAUGAUGAUACGCAAUCGUAUGUACUUAAUUUUCACGGACGCGUAACGCAAGCUUCUGUAAAAAAUUUUCAAGUUGUACAUGAUAGUGAUGUUGAUUAUGUUGUCAUGCAAUUUGGUCGUGUAGCAGAAGAUGUUUUUACAAUGGAUUACAGAUUUCCAUUAUGCACAUUACAAGCAUUUGCGAUUGCUCUGAGCAGCUUCGAUAGUAAGUUAGCUUGUGAAUAAGAAUAUAAUAUAUAAUUAAGUACACAAUUUAUUACACGUUUGUGAAUAGUAAAUCAUAUCGAUCAGAAACAUCUGCAAUGGACAAUCAACAGAUUGCAGUGAUUUCUUUUUAUAAAUAUAUUCGUAAUAAUUAUUCUAUCGAAACUGGAUUAAAAAAUGAUCAGUAUAAAUCGUGUGUUCACUUUUCUUAUAUACGGAUAACAUUUUUAAACGUUAAAUAUACAUAUGGUAAUCAGAUUUAUAUGUCAAGACAACAGUUAUGAUUGCAUUGUUGCAAACACUUAUGUAUUAUAUUAUAUAUUCCGUUUUGUACUAUAUAUUUGAAGCUGUAUUAAAAAUGAUAAUAAUAAUAUAUUGCAUAUGAA